GUCGCUCGCGGCCGUGGAGAGGUGCUGCCCUUGGGUUGAGGUCGUCGCCGUGUCCUGAGGCCCCCUCGUUCAACGCGCUCUCAGGAAUCCACACGCUGGCGAGGACCAACCAUGGGUGGUCCAGCCGACGAGACUGUGAACGACGUGUCAGAAAUUGAGCACCCUAAAAAAUCACGCGAUAUAUCAUACUAUAUAACUCUGGUUGUCGCGGUCCUCCCGGUUUGGUCCGUCGUACCGCUUUCAUGGGCGUAUGUGGUGUACCACCUGUGCACCGGGCAAGUAUGGCUUUACCCUCUGUUGAAACAAGUAUUAUUCGGAGCUGCGCUUGUUGAAGUGCUGUUCAGUAUAUAUCACUAUCAUCUAGCCCACUCCAUAUCCGAACCGUGUUCCCUUCCACUCAGCGAAUUUCAUGAUCUUCAGAGCACCUUCCAGCGCGUCCUACACGCCGGGAUGAGGUCUCAUGACGAAGAGGACUCUCCAGUGAACCAACGCGAAUUACCACCACCAUUCGUCACUAGUCCCUCCGAUCCACGGGCCAUUGAUUUCAAGCACGCGCUUCGCAACUGGUUCGGCAAGAUCCCGUGGUCGAAGAUCCGGAGACAAGAAGUGGAAGCUUGGAUAUACUGGAGUAUAUUUAAUGCGCACCUCCCGCCGCCGGACCAGAUACCCCACUCACGUAGAGUCAUACUGGAUGAGGUGUUUGAUAUGCUCCAGCAACGCGCCGGCUCGUCGAUACCUGAUGGCUCGUCUGGGGUACCAGCGCUUCUCCUCACUGUCGAUCCGGUCAACGUCUCCUCCCGUCCUUUCGCAUGGUACGCCUUCGUCGCCGCGGCCAACUGGCUGAUACGGAAGCGGCUCCGUUCUCGUUGGAACGCGCAUUUUGGCAAUUACAAGGGCAUGGACUACAUGCUCCGCAUUCCCGCCUCUUGGGACCCCGCGACUGGACCCAGACCGAUUAUAUUUCUCCAUGGACUUGGACUCGGGCUCUUUCAGUACGAGCUCUUUCUGUCGCACCUCCUGCAUAACUUGCCGGAUCUCCCGCUGCUAGUACCACUCCAGCCGCACAUCAGCCAGGAUAUAUUUCAUCCGCGCUACCUGGAUCCCAUGGGCCGGCAUGAAACCGCCACAUGCUUAGCCAGAUUUUUGCAGGAGCUAGGAUGGGUGGAUGAGGAGAAUAGAGGAGACGACGAGAAAAGCAGGUCACAAACUCCGUCCAAACACAAGGGCGUGACCGUUUUAAGCCACUCGAACGGGUCCUUCGUCCAUUCGUGGAUGUUGAAAGACCACGCGAGAAUGGUAUCUCGCUCCUGCUUCGUGGACCCUGUUGCGUUUUGCAUCUGGGAAGGCGAUGUCUGCUACAACUUCAUAUAUCGGAACCCCACCAACGCAAUUGAGUUACUUAUGCGUUAUUACGUCGCUACGGAGUUGGGUGUCGCGAACGUUCUCCAACGGCACUUCGACUGGGCAUCCAAUUCCCUGUGGUGCGAGGACAUUCCGCACGUUCGCGAUCCGUCGCGUAACAUGUUCUUCCUCGGUGGCAAGGACUCCAUCCUCGAGGCCGAAAGAAUCCGUCGCUACCUCAAUCAGCAUGGCGUCAAGAAGGGUUUAUGGUACGACCCGAACGGCAGGCAUGGCCAAGCUCUCCUUGCGGGUGGCAAGGGUCACGCAGAGAUAUUGAGAUGGCUGCAAGAAGGACAUGUUUAAUCUUAACUCACGCACUAAUACGGAGGGACGGAACCAGGGACCGUCACGCCAUGGAUUAUUCGGUCCAUUGAAGUCUACCUCACAAUCUCUACUCACAUACUCGUAUUCAUAUCUAUACCC